UAUUUAGAGCUCAUAUAAAGUGUGAGAAAUACCAUAUGUCAUAGUAAAGGGGUUGUGCAGUGUUUUAAUAUUGAUGACCUAUCCUCAGGAUAGAUCAUCAAUAUCUCAUCAGUGGGGGUCCGACACCCGGCACCCCUGAGGAUCUGCUGUGGUGCUUGUGUGAGUGCUGCUUCUUACUCAAAAUUGCCUGCACUCCAUUUCCUUUGCAGCAGCAGUGCGGUAUUAUUACAACUGCUAAAAAUGUUUCACUUUUUUCUCCCAUUUUUUAUACCUUUUCUCUGUUUAUGUCCCACUCAUGGUUUUGGUUUACAAAUUCUGAUUCAAAAUACCAAGACCAAGUGAAAGCGGAUGAUAAGGGGUUAACGUGAACAAGCAAAACGUUUUUCUUUAAAGUUAUUGGACAUAAGGUCAUCUGGGCGGGGAGGGGUAAGUGCGUGUGCUGCGUGUUGGUGUUUCAGUAUUGCUAUACAUCUCACUAACUCAACAUGCCGGAUUAAGAAUGGCUUGUAAGAAAAGGAAAAUAUCCCCAGUGGACUAUCCGUGGUGACCAGUGCUGUAUGGAAUCAUCUAUAGAGAUUUUUUAUGAAUCCUUGAAAAAAAAACUGUGUAUGGAGGGCAGGUCACAUCAGCUGUAUCACACACAUCAUAAAUGCCAAGAUGUCUCUUUUCACUAAUUCUGGUUCCCGUCACCAUCUACUGCCAUAUUAUCUGCUCAGUCAUGUGUAGGUCUGACACUGGGAGGAGAGGUGGAUAACCACAAUUACCAGUUUCCGUGAUCAAGAAACAUGAAGAAUCCUGGACAUGGAUCUACUGUAUGUGGAUUCCAAUAGCAGCUAAAGGAUGCUGAUUGGUCCAAAUCUAAUACUUCUUGGGAUCUGCCUCUUGACAGUUACUGAUGGAAGUGAUUGCCCUAAACAAUGUAAAUGUAUAAAACUGACAGAUAAUACGAUACGGGUGGACUGCAGCUCCCAGAACCUGAAGAACUUUCCAUCCCUACCCAAGGAAACAGAAGAGUUGUAUCUACAGGAGAACCUGUUGACAGUAGUUCCCGCUGGGGCCUUCGAUAACUUGAUAAACUUAAAAAAGUUGAAUUUAUCCUCCAACCCAUUGCAUUGUGACUGCAAGAUCCGAUACUUAAUUAUGUGGCUAUCUGAUGGAAACAUGGACGGAGUCAGCGGGAUAAAAUGCGUCUAUCCCUCUGAGUUGUAUGGGAAACCAGUCAGCCAGUUAACAGGAAACGAAAUCACUUCUUGCUCGAGGCACACACGACUCUGUUCAGACUUUCUAUUUAAUGAUGCUUUUCUUCACGCUUUUCUUUUUCUCUUGUUCUUUCUAAUGAUCGCAUGCUUGAAAACUUUCAAAAUGAUAAAGUUUAAAAUCAAAGUAAGUGAUAAUGACAUUGAGUUAAGGACAUAUCAGACUCCUAAAGCUAGUUUUCUUAAGAGAAGAUCUAUUUUAUAUGUAAAAGGCUGUUAACCCAUUGAAUAGCUGAGAUACAAAUAUGUGCUUAUUUACUAAGAUUUUAUUUGCAAAUAAAAUGACAAAUACACUUGGUAUUACUGUCUAUGGGAAGAAA